UUCACAAUAUUUAUUAAUGUUGCUGACAAUAAUGGCAACCGCCUGCAUGGUGGUGACCACACAGUUGCACAAGCACCUGACUAUCCACGUCUCCUCCCUGGAAGAGAUUACAUCCGCCAUCUUGUUCGGAAUAUUGGGGAUGAGCAUUAUUCUCAGUAUCUUGCUGCUGGUAGCUGGUUGCCAGAAAGAUGUCGCCAUGUUAAGGUUGUACAACUGUUAUAUGGUGGGGACCACGUUGGCUGCCUUGGUACCUGCCUUCGUCUUGAUGUCCAGGAUGAGAACUAUGGAAGUUUGUGGGGCGUUCGCCGUCAUUUUGAUGCAGUGUUACGUCAUAGUGCUCGUCCGGAGUGAAGUGGUGAAGCUGGAGAAGAAGGUGGAUGCCCCCAGGACUCCGAGUCGUGACUUACUCCGACUGGGCCAUUGUGAAGACACUCGAAUUCAUAAAAUUGGAGUAGGUAUAUCUACAUAAAGGAGGCGUUCGCCGCAAAAGAGGGAUUUUUGUAAUUGGUAUAUUAGCAAUAAUUGAAAUUUCCUUACAAAGUGUGCAACCAAACAAUAAGUAAUUUUGGCCAAGAGUUUUAUCACCAGGGAAUUAGCGGAUGUUUGUAAACUUCUUCUACUACUAAAAACUACUAUAAAAAUAAUUCCACUAUAUAAAAAUCACGACUCAAAACUUGCAACUAAGUUCCACGUAAUAGGUAGAUUUUUCUUUUAGUACCUAUAUAAAGGCACUGAAAAAAAAAGAAAUAAAACAAAAAUAAAUACUGGGAACUGUUA